UUCCGCCCAAAGAACUUCAUCGACAAACCCUUCGAACAUAUUACCAAAUACCGCAAAAAUGGGUGGUGUCACUGUUCGCGAUGUUGACGCACAAAAGUUCAUUGAUGCAUAUGCUGCUUUCUUGAAGAGACAAGGAAAGCUCCCAAUUCCAGGUUGGGUUGAUACCGUCAAGACCAGCGCAUCCAACGAGCUCCCACCUCAAUCUAUCGACUGGUACUACGUUCGUGCUGCUGCCAACGCCCGUCACAUCUAUCUCCGCAAAACCGUCGGUGUUGGCCGUCUCACCAAGGUCCACGGUUCCACCAAGAACCGUGGUUCCAGACCAUCCCACCACGUUAACGCCUCCGGAUCUGUCGACCGUCACGUUUUGCAAUCCCUCGAGAAGAUCGGUGUUUUGGAACAAGAUGAGGAGAAGGGAGGUCGUCGUAUCACUCAAUCCGGACAACGUGAUUUGGACCGUAUCGCACAAACCACCGUUGAGGCCGAUGAGGAAGAGGAUGACGAGUAAAUUAUUUACAUCAUGGUCUGGGAAUGGGAAAUCUUUACGGGGUUUGGGCUAUAUGGUGUAUCACAUAUAAAUAAAAGCUCGUCCUAAA